AUGUCUUGUUUGUUCAUCUUCAUAGCCUUGCUUCUGAGUUGUUGUAUUGGAUCGUUGACAGCCACUGAUACAACUUGUGGUAACAAAGUCGUGAGCACAAUCGUCGUCGACCAAACAGGUUUCGGAAAUUUCCGUACGGUUCAAGCCGCAAUUGAUUCGGUUGGUGAAGAGAAUUCUCUUUGGAUCAAAAUCAGAGUAAAACGAGGUGUUUACAUGGAGAAGGUGACAAUACCGUCGACGAAACCAUGCAUAAUAGUAGAAGGAGAGGGACAAAGAGUCACGACCAUCGCGUAUGAUGGUCACGCAGCCAUUGACGUCAGCUCCACUUUCACUUCCCAUCCAUCCCACAUUGUCGUCCGACACAUAACUAUCAUGAACACGUAUAAUCGUUUGAGUAUUGGAACAACACCAAACGGUAUGAGCUCGGAGAUAAAGCAGGCGGUAGCGGUUACGGUUUAUGGCGAUAAAUCAGCGUUCUACAACUGCGAUUUCCUGGGGUUACAAGACACACUUUGGGAUGUUGAAGGCAGGCAUCACUUUAAAGACUGUUACAUAGAAGGUGCUAUCGAUUUCAUUUUUGGCAGUGGCCAAUCUAUCUACGAGGACUGUCAGAUAAACGCAACGGCCGGAGUAUUGGCAUCAAAAUUGACGUCUGGGUACAUAACGGCACAAGCAAGAAAGGGUGUUUUCGACCCAAGUGGGUUCGUGUUCCUACGUGGCAGUGUUUCAGGGAACCUCAAAGUCUAUCUUGGACGAGCCUAUGGUCCAUUUAGCCGAGUCAUUUUCAUCCACACCAAUCUCGGUUCGGUCGUUAUCCCUGAGGGUUGGUACUCUUGGCAUUUUGGAGGCCACGAAUGGAAUUUCACGUAUGCAGAAGUGGAGUGUAAAGGAGAGGGAGCUGAUAUUUCAGGAAGAGUUCCUUGGAUUGACAAACUUCAAUCUUUGACCACUAAACAACGAUUCUCUACCUCUAAUUUUAUCGACCAAGAUGGAUGGAUCUCCAAUAUUCCUCCUUUUUAG